AUGCAUGCUCCAAGUUUAGUUCAUCUUGGUGUCGCUAAACAAUUGUUGAGGUAUAUCAAAGGAACCGCUAAUUAUGGUAUUUGGUUUAAAAAGAAAGAGCAAGGGCAAUUGAUGGGUUAUUCAGAUAGUGAUUGGGCAGGAAGUGUUGAUUAUAUGAAAAGAACUUCUGGAUAUGCUUUUACACUUGGUUCAGGCUUGUUCUCAUGGAAUUCAAAGAAGCAAGAGGUGGUAGCUCAAUCUUCUGCAGAAGCAGAAUACAUCGUUAUUGCUAGUGCAACUAAUCAGGCUCUAUGGUUAAGAAAGAUUUUAUAUGAUUCAGAGCAAAAUGGCAUUGAAGCUACUGUCAUUAAGGUUGACAACAAGUCAGCAAUAUCGAUGGACAAAAAUCCAGUGCUUCAUGGUCGUAACAAGCAUAUAAAUGUGAAGUUUCACACUAUCAGACAAGCAGAGAAGGAUGGCGAAGUUAAGCUUGUUCAUUGCAGCUCAAAUCAGCAGAUUGCAGACAUCAUGACCAAGGCUCUUCCUAAGUGGAAAUUUGAAUUUCUAAGGGCUAAGCUGGGAGUAUCCAUGAAAAAUCUCAAGGAGGAGUUUUCAAAGCUAACAAGGAGAAGCAGAGCAGAUAUUCUUGAGCAACACCUCCUAGACCGCAAUGAAAGCAUGAGUGUUGUGCUCGAGAGAUUUAACAACAUUGGAAUUAACACUCCUAGAGUUGUUGCCUUGCUAGGUGCUCACAGGUGUGGGAAAACACACUGUAUUAAGCUGGUUCACCAUUUACAUCCCGAGGGGGACCCUCAACUCAACCUUGAACACGUACCCCACAUGCUCAAGAAAUGCCCGGAUCCAAUCCCUAACCCAAAGGCCGUGCAGUAUGUGGGAAAUGACAGAGGCACACGUAUGAAGCUAGACAACAACUACUAUAGGAACAUAUUGGACAACAAGGAAUUGAUGUUGGUAGACCACCAACUAGCUGUAGAUAAAAAGACCAGACAAUAUGUAAAGAAAAUAGCAAAGAAUGAAGGCUACUUCUUCAAAGAAUUUGCAAGAGCCAUCACCGUUCUCUCUGAGAACAACCCUGUAAAGAAAAUGGCAAAGAAUGAAGGCUGCUUCUUCAAAGAAUUUGCAAGAGCCAUCACCGUUCUCUCUGAGAACAACCCUCUCACCGGAACAAAGGGGGAGAUCAGAAAGCAGUGCAAUCUUGCCAACAAGCUCCACUAG